CGCUGCAGAUUCGCCUACACCUCCACCAUCACCAGCGACAAUGCGUCGCAGACUCAAGAGAAAGAAGAAGGACCCAUUCCUAAAUCUAAGUGCAGCUCCAGCAGACUCCAUCUCCGCCUCAUCCACACCUCCAAAUGAGACCGUUGCCGACGAGCACGACUCCCAAUGGCGCAUCACAAAGGUACACACACCAAUCCUCCCAUCCACCAUGCAAUCCAAGCUCGCACACACAUCUCUCUAACGAAACACACAUGAUAGAUGCUCCUCACCCCCUUCCUAGCAACCUCCUUCUUCCUUUCCCUCGCCCUCGUCUCCCUCUCCGAUCGCGCCCGCCGCGCCCGCACAUACCCCUUCCCCUGGCUCGAUCCGGAACCCUACUCCUACCCCUCCUCCUCCGAUUCCGACUCGGCCCACCCGGCCGACCAACCACACCAACAUCCCCCCUCGGGACGCUGGAAGCGCAGAGACUCAGCGCACGUAGCGCCGUCGGAGCCGCUGAACCCGGGAGGGAUGAUGGGUGGAAUUUCCGAGGAGAAGGAAGAGGGUAGUACAGGCGGAGAAAAAGACGCGAGGUCCCGGAAAAGUAAGGGGAAGAAGCGGUGGUAUCUGCACAAGAAGAUCCGCAAGAUGGCGAGGUUGGAGGUCACGGAUGCGUUUGAGCUGCGCAGGUGGAUCAUGGCUAUCAUGCUGGUUGCCGUCUUCCUGGGCCUCGUGGGUAUGGUGUGGGGGGUUUGGCGGAUGCUGGGGUGGCUGAGGCGGCGGUGGUGGUAGUAGCACUUGAAGCCUGUAAUUUUUUGUUUGUUUAAUAUGGACGUGGCGGAUUGAGAACGGAGGUAGGUCUAUGGAGAGCAAGGGACGUCAAAUCUUCGUCAACCACGUAAACGACCUCCUAACCAUCAUCAUGAAUUUGAGGUAGGAAAGGGAGAACGCAAACAAGCACAGAAGAAACCGGACGUCAAAGCAACGAAGCAAGUCGCCAGCGCACGAAGG